AUGGCGAAACGAAAGCUCGCGCACCGGCGCUCUAUUGCAAACCUCGGGAACCAUGCAAAAAAAAGAGUGUGCCAAAGACAGGAUAGUGAAAAGGAAAACAAAGAAAAUGAACCACCUUCCGAACUUCUCGCCCAGACCGCAGAUAGUUGCGGGGAUACAUCACCUGCAGAUAAGCAGUGCACGACAUCACACAGUGUCAGCGCCAGGGCAAUACCACCGAGCGCCGGCACUGGCAUGCAUGGGCCACUUGCAUUGGAACUCUCUGGCCACGAAGGUGUUGUGGAACAAUAUCAGAUUCAAAAUGCAGAGGACACUAUGACUGUACCUGAUAAUGCCAGUGCAUUCCCUACAUCCAAAUCACAUCCCUACAUACCUCCACCCACCAUUGAAGAUGCAAAUUCUGCUUUAAGCGACAUACUGGCAUUGCUCCGGCCACGGCGGAAAAAUGGAAAGGGAACAAAGCCAUUUGAUGGUGAUGAUUUCCUUCAUCGGCGCAUGGAGCAGAUGAGAAUGUUGCUGUGGUUCUAUGUGCUUCGCGCGCCACGAAUCGCGCACGUUGACUUUAUGACAGGCCCAUACUCGGCGCAACGGUUAUGUCGUGGCGUUGAGCACAAGGUCUACGGCUUAGUGCCUACUGCGAGCGCGGCUAAGGAGAUCUGUAGAAGGGAUCACCGACUGGAUGAACAGAAUGAGUUCAUCCGUGCAACGGCCACACCCUCCUUCCCAGAGGCAGGGAAUUCGGCAGCCGGGCGGUUCCUGCACAACGGCCGGAUGUCCUGCCUGCGAGAUAGAGGUGGCGUGCGCGGUGAAAGCAUGUUCAAACUGGGAGUGAUCUCCUGGUGGGAGAGGAACGACACUGUGAUAGUAUUGUGA